AUGCCUGCUAUUCUAGUUGCCUCCAAGAUGAAGUCAGGAUCGCCUAAACCCGUGCACGGUACUGCUCUGCCAAUUCCAGUCAGGGUAGUGACACACCAGAACGGACCCCUAAAGCAUUCCAGCCUCAUUCCUCUAAAGUCCACCGUCUAUAGACAGCACAGUCAAGGCAGUGCAACUUUACAGAAAAAGAAUCAGACAACCAAAGGAACAUCAGGAGAUCCUCAGAUUUACACAGACUGGGCCAACCACUACCUAGCCAAGUCCGGACACAAGCGACUGAUUAAAGACCUUCAACAGGAUGUUACCGAUGGCGUUUUGUUGGCAGAAAUAAUUCAGGUUGUAGCUAAUGAGAAGAUUGGUGAUAUCAAUGGAUUUCCUCAGAGCCAAUCACAAAUGAUUGAAAACAUUGAUGCCUGCCUGGGAUUUCUAGCUGCUAAAGGAGUGAAUAUAAAGGGACUUUGUGCUGAAGAGAUCCGCAGUGGCAAUCUCAAAGCCAUUUUAGGCCUGUUCUUCAGCUUGUCUCGCUACAAGCAGCAGCAACAGACUUGUAAACAGACAUCCGGCAAUGCUCAAAUUCUCCAGAACAACCAGGCCCACCGAUGCGCCAGUCCCGCCCUGCCUUCUCACGCCUCUCCUGGUCACUCUCCUCACGACUCUCCCUGUCCCUCUCCCAUCAACCAAAACUGCCAGAUCUCCACCACAUGUGUGCAGAAACCACAGACAGACCUGCACUCCAGUCAUUCAUCCAAAGGCUGCGAUCAGAAAAAAGCUGCCAAGCUCACAAUUGCUCGGAAAAACAACUCUAGGCUUCCAAGUCCCUCGGUGAGGACGGCUGGAGCGGGCGGAGAGUGUAAUCCUCGAACCUGCAACCCUAGCAGACGCAGCCAGAGCUUCAAUCAGUGUGACCGAAUGAAACCUUCAAUCUCUGCGUGUCCUCAGGAAAGAGAGAAAACAACUCCAUCACCCAUAAUGCUUGAAAAUGGGCCAGUCAGCUCUUCGAUUCCUCCGCCCAGCGGCAGUGCAGCCACAUCUAAACCCUGGAGAAGCAAGUCGCUCAGCGCUAAACACACUGCCACAUCCUCCAUGGUCGCAGUUAAACAGCCAUCUCCACCUUCUCUCGAGGUUCCUCCUAAAGUGAUCGCCCAGAAGUCCAUGCUGGAAAAGCUCAAGCUCUUCAACAGCAAAACAGUUUCCCGAGCCCCAAAAGCAGAAUGCCUGGAUGCUGCAGAACCAGAGGAAGGUCAGGUACACAAUGAGAUCAACCCUGGAAACCAGCGACCGGUCACUCCCAGCGGCUCUAGGUGCUCCAGUCCCAAGCUGGCCUUGAAAGGCAUUGCACAACUGACACUUGGCAGGGCCUUGGCACCCAAAAUAGCAUUCGAAAAAGUCAGGUCGAAACCUAAAGAGAAAAACACACAACUGCCUGUCGCAGAAUCGGACCACCUUAAACCUGUUGCGCCCGAGUCCAAAAAGUCAAUUCCUAAAGGAAACAAAGGCACCAACGUUGCCAAAAAAGACCGUUCGAAAGCAGCUAUUAGUGGCAUACCCAAACCAAGCCAGGGUGGCAGGGCUGCAGCACCAAAUAAGACUUUAAUGUCGCCCCCUUGUGGUCUGGAUGUCGAACGGCCACGGCACGGAAAGUUUGGUUUGUCUGUGCAUAAAGAACAAAAGGACAUUAAAACCUCCGACUCUACUUCUAGCUUGGUGGUUUCAGACAAGGAAAGUAGCCACGAUGUUGCUAAAGGCGCUCAGACCCACUCAAUAGCCAGCAAUACAGUCAGUGUGCAGCUUCCAAAGCAACAAUACAACCACCCAAACACCGCUACUGUCGCUCCAUUUAUGUACAGGUCUCAAACAGAAAUCAAUAAAAGCGGGAUAAUGGCGGGAACAGAAGAACGAAGAGACGAAAUAAGUUUGCGCAGCAAAUCCAUUCAUACUUCUCUUGAGAACCUCACAGGUGAGGACUCCGAGACCAAGAGACAACGUACUGUAAAAAACAUUGCAGAUCUCCGGCAAAAUCUAGAAGAAACCAUGUCCAGCCUGCGAGGGACACAUCAUAUGAGUCACAGCACCCUGGAGACGACAUUUGACAGCACCGUAACCACAGAGAUUAAUGGCCGGGCCUUGCAUUCACUUAGUCCCCGCCCUGCCUCUGCAUUGCCAUGGCGACUGGGCUCUUCCAGUCCUCGUUUACAAGCCGGCGAUGCCCCAUCAUCAGGGAACGGGUACGCCCACCAUGGCUAUGGGCGCCACGUGCGCAGUUAUCAGACCUGCGUGCACAACAGAUCUCUGAAUGGCCUUGAGCACUCAGACAAUGUGGAGGAGCUGGAGGGGGUUGCCAUGGAGAUGCCAGGGUACAUGAGUGAUGGAGAUAUCCUGGGCAAAAGCAUGAGGGUGGACAAUGUCGCUUGUGGCUACAUGACGGAUGGUGGGCUGAACACGUACACCCGCGGUGUUAACCGGGUCUUGGAUGAAAUGAGCUCUGGAAGAGGUGCCAUACAACAGCUCAAUCCCAAAAGUCAAGAUGACACCGAUAGUUGGGACAGCAGUUCAGUCAGCAGUGGCAUUAGCGAUAACUUGGACACAGAUGACCUCAACACCAGCUCAUCUCUUAGCUCCUUUGUCAACACCCCAUCAGUUCCACACCGGGACGUAGAGGAACAGCUCCCAACAGAUGCAAAGAAGCAUUCUGCAGUGAAACAAACCUCUGAUUGGUCCAUCGACAACCUCAAACGUUCAGAAGGGGGCUCUGACAGUGACCUCAAAAUGGAGACCACCACCAAGUGGAACCACCGAACCUCUGAUUUCUCUGAUGAAUCUCAACGAAGCUUGACGGGUCGCAAGACUCCCAUAAUCUCCCAGACUGGUUCUUGGAGACGAGGCAUGACCGCCCAGAUGGCCAUCAAUUCCCAAAGGACCAAGGGGACAACACCUAACAACUGUAGCUCGCUCAAGUCACAUGGUAAGACCGAUGACGCCAAGGUGUCGGAAAAAGGGCGAAUCUCCCCAUGCUCCAACAACAUGGCCCAUUCCCCCAUUCACAGUGUCGACGAGACUAAGAAACCUCCUUCCAAUUCAACUUCUCGCACCCCGACAAGUACUUUUGGUUUCAAGAAGCCUCCGGGUUCCAUGGCGACAAUAACGGCAAGUGGUGCUGUGGUAACUAGCGGCUCUGCAACGGUGGGCAAGAUACCUAAAUCGAUAGCGUUUUCUGGGAGCAGACUUUCAAGUCGGCAAGCAAGCGUGGAUGAUGGAUAUUUUCCUCCAAGUGCUCGGACAACUCUUCAGUAUCGUAGUUUACCCAGGCCCAGUCGUGGAAGCAACGGAACCGGCACUGUACGUUAUUCGAACCGUUCCAACAUGACUACCUUCGAUGCAAACAAGGGUACUUCUACGCUUCCCAAUCCUAAGAGUCGCAGCUCAGUCAAAUCCCCAGUAGGCACUACAAACCAAACGGACAGAGAGAAGGGUAUCAUCUCAGAAGUGGAGAGCCAAGUAUUGGGGCAGGUACUUAAAACUGGCACAGCUACCCAGACAGGGAUGCCAACCCAGUCCCAAGCAGGAAGAAGACAAUCGGGGGGAAAGUAUUCAGAAAUGUCCUCGCCAACCCUGCGUAGACUUUUUGGUAGCAAAUCUGCUAACAAGCAAGUCCCAGUCACCACCAUGGAGAACAUGAAGAACUCCACCGUCAUCUCCAAUCCCCACGCCACAUCCAUCCAGCAGGCUAGCGGAGAUCCGAACACACCGUCUGUCACCAAUGGAGGCAAUAGUCAACUUUAUGGUGACGGGAUAACGGUGGUUUCCCGAGGGAGUGGAGAACAGGGGCUUACCUCUGUUGUUGCCAGCCCGGGAUCGGCUUUCUCAUCUUGGGGAGGCAGGGAUGGAGUGAGGUACCCUUCUCAAAGCUCAAACCGGACCAGUAGUGACUCCAUGGAUGUUUCCCUGGGAAAGGAAGAUUUGUGUCUUAAUCCAACUGGCAGCGCUCGAACUGGUCCGACAGAGAGGUAUGCCCUUGCGCCCCAGAACAGAGGUCAUGAGGAGACUCGCGAUUGGCUACGUUCCCCAUCUGUUGGGCUCCCAGAGUCAGCAGGCUCCUCCCCUUUUUCCUCAGCCUCCACACUGAGCCCGUCCUCUGGCACACGGUUCAACUUUGCCACACUUGGCAGCCCUACUACAGCUUCUCAGAUCCACCUGGCAGCUCUGCGCAACGCCAAUGACGUCUCUUACGACCCCUGCGGUGACCCCCGUCUUCGAAAUUCCUCGGUUAGCCUUGAAGACAAGGGUCGUGCCAUGAGUUGCUCCGGAUCUUACCGCGAGAGCUUAGAAGAAGUUCAUGGUUCCUCUUUAUCUUUGGUCUCAAACACAUCUUCAGUUUAUUCUACGCCAGAAGAAAAGGCUCAGACUGAGAUCCGUAAGCUGCGCAGGGAACUGGAUGCCUCUCAGGAGAAGGUUUCAGCUCUUACGACGCAACUCAGUGCCAAUGCUCACCUUGUGGCAGCUUUCGAGCAAAGUUUAGGAAACAUGACCAUCCGACUGCAGAGUCUGAGUAUGACAGCUGAACAGAAGGACGCAGAGCUGAAUGAAUUGAGAAAGACCAUUGAACUCCUAAAGAAACAGAACACAAUGACUCAAGCCACCAUCAAUGGAGUCAUGAACAUGCCAGACUCCAACCGUAAAGUAUCUAUAGAUUCAGUCAACGGGUCACCUCAGUCCCAGCGAGACAUGCAGAUCCACAGGCAGCCAUCGUCAGACAGCGUCUCCAGCAUGACCAGUGCUACCAGCCACUCCAGCAUCGGCAGCAACCUGGAGCUGGACGCCAAGAACAAGAAAAAGAAGAAAAACUGGCUACGAAGCUCCUUUAAACAGGCAUUCGGGAAGAAAAAGUCUCCCAAAUCGGCGUCUUCUCACUCGGACAUCGAGGAAAUGGCCGACUCUUCAUUGCCAUCUUCACCUAAACUCCCUUAUAACGGCUCGAUGGGCUCCUCACCAAUGAUACGCAACUCUCACUCCAGCUCCCUUCCUCAGCUGUCCUCUCUGCCUGCGUAUGGGCACGGCUGGGGCAGUAGCAGCCGGUCCAUGAGGUCUGCCUCUCUGGCACGGAUCUCCGAGUGCAUGGACAGCGAUGCAGAAACAGUCAUGCAGUUACGCAGUGAACUGCGAGAUAAAGAGAUGAAACUGACCGACAUCAGGUUGGAGGCUCUUAGCUCCGCCCACCAGCUGGACCAGCUGCGAGAGUCCAUGAACCGCAUGCAGAUUGAGAUCGAAAGGCUAAAAGUGGAGAACGACCGGUUGAAGUUGGAGAGCCGGGGCAGCAGUAGCAGAGCUCCAUCUCAGGUGUCCAUCUCUCCAUCAUCUGUGGGUUUAUCUUCUCAACUGAGCCUUACAGAAUCCACCAGCCUGGAUAUGUUGUUGGAGGACAGCGGAGAUGGUACUUCCUGGAAAGAGGGACAGCAUGUAAAAGUUGUGGUUAGCCUGGAAAAAGACGCUCAGUGGAAAGAGGAAUGCAGACCUUGCCAGUUCCUGUUGGGCUGCAUUGGUGUCAGUGGGAAAACCAAAUGGGACGUUCUUGAUGGUGUAGUCAGGCGCCUCUUUAAGGAAUACAUAAUGUGUGUGGAUCCUGUGACUCAGUUGGGUUUAAACACUGACAGCGUGUUAGGAUAUAGCAUUGGAGACAUUCAUCGCACUAGUGAUGCCGAAACACCGGAGCUCUUGCCGUGUGGUUAUCUUGUGGGAGAAAGUGAUACCAUCACUGUUAAGUUGAAAGACUCCCUCAACAGUCAGGACAGUUUGGCGUUUGAGACGCUCGUUCCAAAGCCCGUUCUGCAGCGAUACAUAUCUCAGCUUGAGGAGCACAGACGUAUCAUCUUCUCAGGACCCUCGGGAACAGGAAAAAGCUUUCUGGCCAGCCGACUGGCCGAGUACAUGGUGCUAAAAGAGGGAAAGCAGCUACAACAUCAAGCUAUUACCACCUUCAAUGUUGAUAAUAAAACUACUAAGGAGCUGAAGCAGUACUUGUCCAAUCUGGCUGAGCAGUGUAAAAACAGUGGACCGCUUGUAGACGUGCCUGUGGUGCUUAUCCUCGACAACCUGCACCACGUCGCUUCCUUAGGAGAGAUUUUCAAUGGCCUGCUGCACUGCAAGCAUCAUCAGUGUCCAUACAUCAUAGGAACCAUGAACCAAACCCCUUCACCUACUCCAAACCUACAGCUUCAUCAAAAUUUCAGAUGGGUUUUAUGUGCCAAUCAUACUGAGCCAGUGAAAGGAUUUCUGGGUCGAUUCCUGCGCCGGAAGCUUCUGGAGACGGAGAUCAGCAGCCGCGUGAGGAACGGAGAGCUGGUGAAAAUUAUCGAGUGGAUCCCGUCUGUUUGGCAUCAUCUCAACCGCUUCCUGGAGACACACAGUUCUUCUGAUGUCACAAUUGGGCCUCGCCUUUUUCUCUCCUGUCCGAUGGAUGUUGAGGGUUCAAGGGUGUGGUUUACUGACUUGUGGAACUAUUCCAUCAUUCCCUACAUGUUGGAGGCGGUCCGAGAAGGCUUACAUAUGUAUGGGCGUAAGGCAGCAUGGGAAGACCCGGCAAAAUGGGUGAUGGAAAGUUUCCCCUGGGCGUCUAGCCCGCAGCAGCACGAAUGGCAUUCAUUGCUGCGCCUCCGGCCAGAAGACGUUGGGUUCGAUGGCUUCUCUCUUUCACAAGAGGGCAGCCCGGGCAAACAGCCAGCUCAGAGUAAAUCAGAGGAAGAUCCUUUGAUGAACAUGUUAAUGAGACUGAAGGAGACGGCCCACUGCACAGGCACAGAGAGCUAUGACAGUGAUUCAACCAGCAACAGCCACCAAGAUGAUAUGUUGGACUCUUCAUUAGAAUCUACACUGUGAACUAUAAUAACAUUUGCAUUUAUGCAUUCAGCAAACACUUUUAAAGUGAAUUCAAUGCGUACAUUUAUCAGUAUGUAUGUUCACUAACCCUUGACCUUGGGUGUUGCUAGCACCUUGCUGCACAAGUUCAGCUACACUAGGGACCAGGACUCUUUUUUUUUUAAUGUUAGAUUUUGUUUUUGAAUAUAAUUACAGGGUGCUGGUAACCCUGAACGUUCAUGAAAUUCAAGGUGCUGGUAACCCUGAAAAAAAUCAUUAUUCAUACGCGGUACACAAACCUGGAUUGCACAUCCACUGGAAUGAAAAUCUGAUGAUAGAGAAUCAGUUUUGUAUUUGAUAAACAUGGCAAAACAUCAGAGCACAUGUAAGGGUCUUUUCAUUUUCUGAAAUGGACUGUAGAUGGCAGUAUACUAUAACUAUAUGUGUUAUAUUUCUAAUGACCUUUCAUGCAGCUCCUUGUUGCAAGCAGCAUUUGCUUAUUUUCUAUUCUCAUUACUGAAUUAAUCUUAUACUGAACUUUAUAAACUGGAUCUCUUGGGUGACUCUAAUGCACUAGUGAACUUUAUUGGUGCUUAAUAACAAUCCCUUUAUAGAAAUACAACUAUUGUGAUGUGCUAAGAUGUGCUACCUGACAGAUUUGUAACGUUAUACAAAUGCAAACAAUGCAAUGACGUUAUGGGGCAGUUUCCAGGACAGGUUUUUUUAAUUAAUCCAAGAUUAGGCCUUAGUUAUUUUAGGACAUUUAAGUAGUUUUUACAAACAUAGCUUACACAAAAAAAUACUGGUGUGCAUCUUGAGACAAAACAAUGACACUGAUAUAUGUUGAGAUACGUGAGUACAAAUAAUUUUCAAUUAAGGCAUCAAACAUGCAUUUUAUUUUGGGACUAGAAUAAGCCCGACCUGGGAAACCACCCCUAUAGGUAUUAAAUGGUGCACUGUCUUUGAUGUGAUAUAAUAUUAACUAUAUUGUAGUUGCUUUUUGGCAACAACAGAGCAUGUGUUAAUAAUUAAAUGAUAUGGUAACAUAAUGGGUUGUUUGGGAAAGUAGUAAAAAUAUCAAAGAUAGUAAGAUUUUUUGGAAAGUUAUCUAGAGAAUCUUUUGUGCCUCUUUUUAUGCAGCGUCACGAAUAUGAGUUAUCAAGACAGCUGUUCAUCUCUAUGCAAUGUUGUUACAUUCAAAGAAUAUUUAACAUUUAUCGUAAACUUUAGUCAACAACUGUUUCUGUU